AAACAAAAUGUUCUAGAGGAAGGAAAAUAACUAACCAUAAAUAAGAACGAAAAACAAGAGAUAUCAAUGAAUCUAGACAUAUACCCACCACCCAAAGACUAGUCGCAGAAACGGCUAUAUAAGGAACAAUCAAUUACCAAAAGAAGAAGAACAACAACAAAAAGUAAAGAGACACAAAAACAAAGAAAAGAGAAAUCAUCAAAAACCAUAAAAUAAAAAGAGAGAAAAUGGGAAAAGGAGGAAACUAUGUGAUGGUGGCGGCUUCGGAGGUAGAGGAGCUACGACAGAAGAACGGAGAGAUGGAGAAAGCGGUGGAGGAGAUGAGGAAAGAGAUGUUGCAGUUGUGGAGGAGGACACAGGUGGCUGAGGAGGCUGAGGAGCAUCUUUGCUCUCAGCUUGCCGAGCUUGAAGCCGAAUCUUUAGACCAGGCUCGUGAUUACCACACUCGCAUCAUCUUUCUAACAAACCAGCUCUCUCGUUUCUCCUCCGACUCUGCCUCUCCCUAGAAUAGAUAUUUGUGUAAAGGAUAGGUUCUUAGAUUGUUGGAUCAUAUAUGUAUCCUCAAAUUGGUUUAUAUCAUUGCCAAAUAUGUAGAGGUUUUUAUUUUUGUCUAAAUCUUGAAUUUCUCCUUGGAAAAUUUCUAUAUAAACAAAAAAAAAUCAUUGUUGUUACUGGCUCAUCUUGGGAUUAGUCGGGCGCUUCAACAAAAUCCAAAUAUCACGUAGUAAAUCUUUAAAAACAAUCGAUCUUGUUGAAAAUAAAGC